CUGAGUCCCGAUUUGUUGAAGUGAAAAUGGCUUCCUGUGCCGGAGAAACCGGACUCCUUGGAUUCUAUCAUCAAGCGACUCUUUCAAUCUCCUUACAAACUUUUCUCCGUCACCGUACAUGCGCUCACUGCUUCUUGGUGAAUUGUAGCAAACGAUGGUUCAGUGGCACAGCUACCUCUCAGACUGAAUUCGACGGAAAGAACGCAUACGACAUCUUAGGGUUGUCGGAAACUAGUAGCUUUGCCGAAAUCAAAGCUUCCUUCCAUAAAUUGGCCAAAGAAACGCAUCCAGACAUUAUUAGCUCCGACCGCGACCCAACCGCCUCCCGACGAUUUGUUCAAAUUCUUGCAGCUUAUGAGAUUCUUUCAGAUUCAGAGAAAAGGGCGCACUAUGACAGGUAUUUGUUUUCUCAGAAGAAGGUUCUGCAGAAAAAUUUGAAAAAACGUUCAUCUAUGUACAGAUAUGAAUCUUGUAUGACUGUGGCAAAGCAGAUGGAAGUUGUUGAAUGGCUGAAAUGGUACAGAUUUGCUGUAAGUGAAAUAUUAUCACAGGAAAAGGUGGUGGCUGGGUCAGGCUAUUUUGACAUACUCGAGGGGGAAUUCUAUUCAGCCAUCCAUUCAGCUUAUUAUGGCCCUGUCAUUGAGUCAAUGGACCUUCUUCCUGACUGUUUCGAAGCCGAGGAAAGGUCUGCAGAUGGAACUCCUGAGGUGCUGCACUUGGUUUCAGGGCGUGACCUUUUUGGAGUUGUAUACCUAAUCGAUGAAGUUUCUGAAUUAUCAUAUGCCCACUCUGAAAAGCUGAGUUCUUUUAUGUCCAUGCUUUCUAGGACGGCCCAAACUGCACAGCAGGCAACGACCACUGUAAGAUCUGGGAUUUUGGAUAACUCAGAGGUCCCACAGAUGCACCGAAAAGCUUACAAAGAUUCUGUAUCAGAUGUUUAUAAAGAUCUAGAAUUGCACAUUUCUGGAAGAGUGGUUGCUGUGGCUACUAGGACGCCUCCUAAAAGCUGUUCUAAUGAGACUGAAGAUCGAGAUUCUCAAGACCAGAUCCAUGUUUAUCUUAAUUUACAUGGAGAUUCAAUUAGUGAAGGAAAAGAGUUUUCUAUGGACUCCUUCUCUGGUGGAUUGGUUGGAUCAACAGUUCUAUUAGGAACAAUAAAUGGCCUGGGGACCAGCACGGAAGAAGGGUCCUGCUCUGUCUACAACAGCAACACCAUAAAGACUCAUGUGAUUAUGAAACAUAGAACACUACUGGUGAAGCAUAUGCACUGGUAUCAGGUUGAAGAUGAAGUUUCUGUUUGUGAAUGUAGAUGUAGCAGAGCCCGGUUACCCCCUAGCAAAUUUUGGCUUUUUGAGCCUCGUUGCAGCAUGCAUGACAUUGGUGGCUGGUAUGUUGAAACAUUUGGUCGAGAUAAGAGAGGAAGAACAGUGCCAUCCCAAAGGUAUUGGGAUAGAUACGAUGCAGCUGAACAGCCUGAAAAGAGACUCCAUCCUGCCAUGUAUUUGGUAGCUCUUGCAUAUAGAACUCUUGACCUAGAGGAUGCAAGAAGAAGAAAACGAACAGUUAGGGAUAUUAUUGAACCAAAAUUGAUUAGUAUUCUCCGUUGGUGCAAGAAACUUAUCUAAUGGAUACCACAUGAAGCUCAUGCUCUCUGGAAAUGUUUGUCAGCUGAGGGAAAAUGUUAUAUCAGUAAGUUUUAAUAUUAAAAAUCCUUAAUGGUGAAGGCCCAAACAACAAGACAGGCCCCAUCAGAGACUCCUGAAGAUUCUAUAAUACGAACACCUUCCAGGAUAAUGAUGAUAAGCCACACCUUGAUAGAUGGGGAAGUUUGAUUUAUCCAGUGGUCUUGCCUGUUGGCUUCUAUGUCAUAACUUCCAAGUUGCUGCUUGCAUCAGCUCCAAUUUGUUCCCCAAGUCAUUUACCAAAUGCUUUUGAGGUACGCAAAGGAGGU